AUGGAGAUCAACUCCUACGAGAUAGCACAGCAUCAACGACAAUUUACGACCGCCGCAGAUAAAUCACCUACUCGUCGUGUUAUAUGCAGAUCUCCCAUACGUUAUGUAGAUGACAAUACUGCCGCAUCGACCCCUGUGAACUGUGGUGGACGUCGAUGGGCAAAUGGGUCUAUUCGUGACUGGACAUCUAGUGAUAUUGUAGCAGCCGUGUCACCAGUUCGAUCACUAAGCGUCGAAUCUCAUAAUGACCUUCGGAAAAAGGCUCGAAAAUUGCCAUCCAAGGAUAUCGCUCAAGUGGUUGGUGGUUUAUUCAGGAAUUUGCCUAUUUCCUCUCGAAUUUUUUUGUAA